AUGAAUAAGGGGAAGGCUAUCAAAGUUAAUCUAAACUACUUUCGACCGUUACUCCGCGACCUCGGGGUUAAGGAUAAGGAUGGAAUUGUAGUUAUCGAUAUAGGUGCGAUCCUUAUGGAGGACCGCGAGCGAGAGAAGGAGAGGAUGCAAGGAGACGGUGUGGACGUACAAAAACUAAGCGAGACCGAUUUCUUGGUCGGCUGCCUAACAUGCGUAGUUAGUGCUCUGAGGGACGUGGAUUGGUUACCCGAAUCGUUCGACUGCCUACAAAUCCCUUCAGAGAACAAGAUACUCCUCUUGUUAAUGGCGAAAACCCGCCUAGAUCUGAUACCGACGGUACUAUUCGACGACUAUCUUAGCAAGUGUCUAUACUAUACCGUGACUUGGAUCCUAACUUGUGCUAGUGGCCUACCGGGAGUCGGAAAGAUAUUCACGGUUGAACUUGAGUUUAUCUUCAAGAUCGUAAAGUACUUUAAGGCUGUACUUCUUUUGGACGAAGCCGAUGCGUUUAUGAGUUUCGAAGAGAUCUCUGGUCGACUUUUCUGUCUAAGAUAUGUACGAUGUAAGGACCAGCGCUUGUUGAGGAGCACGACCUCCGACGAUUGGAGUCUCUAG